AUGGCUGAAGGGAAGGUCACAACGGAGCCCUCAUUCCGCGCCGAGUUAGCUAGACAGAGGAGUGGGAACUCUAUCCAACGUUCCGGGGGGAGAGAAAGCAAACUGGGUGCGACGCCUUCGUCCACGGCGGCCUACCACAACUACAUCAAGCAAAUGACAUCUGCAGCGGCCUCCUCCAGUGGCGUCCACUCUGAGUGGGAGGACUCACGGAAGUUUAAGAUGGCGUGGGAUGAAAGUAUUCACACGCCACCGGGAAUGCUGGAGUGUGUCGCGUCUGGCUACACGUCACACGCGGACUACGUCGAGAUUGGUGAGACGCUCAAGAAGAUCUGCGACCAGCUGACGAGCAUGAACGGCGUUGCUGGCUCCUCAAGGAGAGAAAGUAACGCAACGACAACCGUUUCGGCCCGUGACGGCGCACUUGCGUGCUUUCUAAGAUUCGCAGCCGAGUAUAUGCCGCACCUGCAUUCCCUCGUGAAGGUGGCGCCGUCCUCAAUGAGGAUUGAAUGCGUCAUGUACAAUGCCGCCGGAUUCCCGCGUGAUGCGUUUGAUGUCUGCAUCUCGCAGUCUGUCCUGGAGGAUAUGUGCGCGAGGCUCGACGAUGUUUUUCAUGAGCCGAUGACUGAGAGUGUUGCGCGUAUGCGGGGCUGCUUCGAUGUUCUUCCUCUCAGCAUCAUCAGCAUCAAGAAAAAUUACUUUAGUGUUUCCGAGGCAAUCUUGGCGCCGUAUACAGCCCGACUGGCAGAGAAUUGCCGCAAUGUGGAGUUCUUUGUGCCCUUCAAGGAACGGGUGCGCAUGCUGCGAUACGGCGCGAGCUUUCACAGCACUGAGGAAAUGCGGCUUUCGAUACAGUCAAUCUCCUCCCUCGUCUCGGACAUGCUCUCCUGCCUCUCCCUCCGUGUUAUUCUUCACGUUGCACGCCGGCUUCGUGGGGUACAGGAGCAGAAAGAAGGUGCGAGAGUGCAAAGCAGCAGAAAGAGUCCAUUGCUAGGUCUUGAGGAACGUGUGGCUGAACUUUGUGUGGAAUACGAAAAUCUAGUGGAGGGCUUCAAUAACUGUAGGCGCCUUUACCCACACGUGUUUGCACUUGAUGCCUACCUUGUUCAGUGGUCCAAGUCCGAGUCGCGGCCGCCCACACUUGCCAUUAUGACGAAUAUUCUGCUGAAGCUGCUGUUUCUUUUCGCUGGGGGCACAAGAAGCAUCGCGGCAGAUGAUCGGCAACCUCCCGAGCAGCUUGGAGAGAGUCUCUGGUCGCACUCCUCUUCAGUCGAUCACGAAUCAAGAUAUGCGUCAAGGCGUCACACCGGCUUCCAGAAUGCGAGGAACAUAUUGACGGACGAUGUAGCCUUGGCAUCAGACCUGCGUGUGCAGUCCAUUGGGUGGACUACAAUAAUAAUAAAGCUUUUCACUACAUACUGGGAAGUGCAAGAUAAGAAGGUCUCAUCGGAGACUGCGGCGGACGCUCAACUGUGUGCAAAUGUACUUAAAAUAGUAUAUCAGUAUAUGGGUGUCCUUCCGUUCGGGGCAUUUUGCCCCAGUAGCAUGUUAAAGUGGAUAGAUAUCUUUCCACUUUAUACGCUGGGGGAGGAAGAGAUGCGUACUAUGCUAAAGCUGUACUGUCGUAUUGCUGAACGUGAAACACAUGUGUUGCGUUCCAUUGACCGCACGGACAUUUUCAGAUCGCUCACGUGCGCCAUGCAAAAUAUUGAGGAAUGCCUCGGGAAACGCCCCAAAACGAGGAUUGUUUCGGACUUCAUAGUGCCAGUAUUUACGGAUGAGCCAACGCAAGAAUACAGUGAGUUGGAGCGGCGGCGACACUGUGGCGUGCUAUACGACCUAUUCGCCUCAGAGUGCAUGUCAGCGGCCAAGCCACUGAUUGAUAUCACGGGGUGCGUCAAGCUGCAGUUAAAGGAGCGGCUGUUGAAGGAGGUGUCUCCCGCUCUUCUUUUGAGGGUGAAGGCUUCACUCUCCGCUGCGAGCAUGCAAAGCAACGCCAACAAGGUAGGAACCAUACUUCGAUGGAAGUCCGUCUCCGCUGCUAGAGAGCUCCAAGAAGGUGAUGUGCUGGAGGUGCAGAUUCUACUCAUGACGAAGAAUAAGUCGCAUAAGAACAUCGCUUUGAAUCAUUUUUCCAGGCGUUGUGAAAGUGGCGUGUCCUUCACAGGUCAGAUGGACCCCCAGCUGCAGAAGGUGCAGACCUGCCCCUUGGCCAAAGUUGUCGCGGCGGCUGGUGAUUCACGAAGCAACGAGGGGGUCACCACCUCCAAGCUGGACUUCAGGUGGACCAUUGCUUGGGUGCACAGAAUCCAGCCUAAUGAGUACAUGGUGAUUUUCGAUGCGGAGGAAAAAAUACCCUCACGGCAUGUUGUGACAAGUGUCAAACUGGUGACACUCACUGUGCCGCUUUUUCUCGCGCACGGCCCGAAAGGGUUUUCGUGGACGAAUCCCAAAUAUUCCCGCAACCUUGAGAAUUCCCUGUCGCGUGUAAUCCCGUUUAUGCUUGGGUGGUUUUUGGGAAGCUCUGUUGCAAACGAUGUGUAUCUGCAAAUACCCAUUUCCCCGCUGGUCUUACGCAUGGUGGCGCGUGCGUUGAACUUCAACGAGCAGAUCAAAGAUUGGCACCCACAACCAGCAGACUUGCUUCUUAUUUCUCAAGAGUUCUACGCGAAACUUGGGGAUUUGGAGAAGGGAAAUACUCGUGAUAUUUUUGACCAUUUUGUGCGCAGUGAACGCCGAGCCAACCCGUCACGCAUGGUGGCCGCGAUAGUGCGCCGUGCGUGCUUCUCCCUUAUUAUGAACCUCAACGAUGACGUGGAAACAUCCUUUAUUUUUUGGGAGGCGGUGGUGCGUGGAGUUCAGUGCACGCCGCUUGGCCAAAGCCCUCUGUUGAGCCGAUGCUGCGCUCGUGUGGCGCGGAGCGUGCUGUGCGGCCAGUCGAUGGGCGAGGAGUAUGCCUCAAAGGAUUUUUUCUGGGAAAACCAUUUCGUCUUUGUGUGCGAUGCGGAGUUGUCCCAACAGCCGUACGCAGAGGGUCUGCGUGAUGCCGUUGUAGGAUGCCUGAAUGAGAACUUCAUCGGAGAACGUGCGCGGUCCAUGCUAAUGUUCCUGACGGGGCGGCCGCUGUUGCCCCCAACGCCGCUGACAGAGUGCAUCACUCUCUCCUUCGGCCCGCGCGAGGGAAGCAGUUCGCAGAACACCGUGCUUCAGAUGAUGCCCGUUUUGUGGCCGAAGCACCACGUGCUAUGUAUUUCACAGCGCAUGGAAUUGCUGCUGGUUCACCCGCACGGUGCCAGUGACAAGGGUGCGGCGGAACCCGCAAAGACAUGGCUUGACCUCUCUCCAUCUCAGCAGUCCGCACGCCUGGUGUCGUUCGGCAAUGAGAUGAGUAGGCAACUCCAUGCUGCAGUGGACGCCGUAGUGAAGGAUGGUGACAUUAGCUCCAUGCAGAGUUUGGGGAUGCGGUCACACGUGGCGAGGCCACAUAGAGGCCAAUUCGCACCGCUUCCUGAUAUAGUUGACACGGGUAGCGCAGGAUGUGAGAGCACUGGGACCAACGAGACAUUGAGCAUUGAGCGCACAGCAAAUAGUAAAUCGCCAUUGUUAAAAAACGUGUCAAGUCCGGCUGCCAGUACGUUGAGCAAUACGCCAUGCGUCGGUGUGAGUUCAGUGGAAGACACCAGUGGAGAAGACAACGUCAGCCUCCCUAUUGUGGGGGAGAUAAUGAGGCACGACAGCGGCAUCCCAAUUGUAAUUGUAUCCAAGCCACCACGGUUUGUGCUGCCCAGACUUGUUUGA